AUGAUCUCAAGGGCCCAGCUGGUGCAGAGUGUGCUCCAGGAGCUCCAGGAAGCAGCAGAAUGCUUUGGCGUGGAAGGCCUGACCACUGCGGCCCUGGAAGCCAAGAAGACUCUCUCUUCUUUUUCUCUGCCCAAUUGCCGCAGUGGGGACCAGUUCCAAGGUGAGAUGGAUGUAGACUCUGUGGCUCUCAGCCUUUAUCCAGAAGAUGCCCCUAAGAACAUGCUGCCUCUGGCAUGCAAGGGGAAGGGGAGCCGUCUGUUUGAGGCAGCCAGCGUGUUACUGUGGGGUGGGCCUGGCCUGAGCUCAGAGCUCCGGGCCCGAACUGUCGUGGAAAUGUUGCUGAACAAACAUUACUAUCUGAAGGGCAUGAUUGACUCCAAGGUGAUGCUUCAGGCUGUCCGCUAUUCCCUUUGCUCAGAGGAGAGUCCGGAGAUGACCAGCCUUCCCCCUGCAACUCUAGAGGCCAUCUUUGACGUGGACGUUAAAGCUACCUGCUUCCCUGACAGCUUUGCCAAUGUGUGGCACCUUUACGCCCUGGCAUCAGUCCUCCAACAUAAUAUCUAUUCCAUCUAUCCCAUGUGGAACCUCAAGAUCAGGCCCUAUUUCCACCGGCUGAUCAGGCCCCGCUGCUGUAACCAGCCCCCCUCGACUCUGCACAUCAUGUGGUCAGGGCAGCUGUUGGCAGGCCAGCUGUUGGCCUGUCAAGUGUUCAAACCAGAGUAUUUCUCUGCCGUAGUGGGGUUGGAGGAAGUAGAGGCAGAGGUGGCCAACCCUUCUCUGCCUCCUCCUCCAGUUCCCCCAGCAGAGACGCUGGAGCUGCUGAACCGAGACCCCCAGCUCACCUACUCUCAUCUUCGAGAGCGGUACAGCAUUACCAAGAGCACCUUUUAUCGAUGGAAGCGCCAGUCACGAGAACACCGCCAGAAGGCAGCAACCCGCUUUGUCGCCAAGCACUUCCUCCAGUCGUGUUUCCAGGACGGGAACAUGAUACCUUUGCAGCGUUUCCGCCAGAUGUUUCCUGAAAUCUCGAGGUCCACUUACUAUGCCUGGAAGCAUGAGCUUCAGGGUACCUCUGAUGGUGGUGUAAGCAAGGAUCCUGUAUCUGGGGCACCCCUGGAGGUGGAGGAGCUGGAAAAACUGUCAGCAGAGGGGAAGAAGAGCUGUCCCCCAGACCCUGGCCCAAUGGGGGUCUUCAUGCAGGGAGCAAAGAGCUACCUGGAGCGCUGUAUCUCCAUGAACACGCUAGUACCCUACCGAUGCUUCAAGCGCAGUUUUCCCGGCAUCUCUCGGUCUACCUACUAUAACUGGCGCAGGAAGGCUAUCAAGGGGAACCCCAACUUCAAGACCCCACCACCCUUUUCAGGGGGGAGCUUUCAUCCUCCCACUGGGGAAGUCUUACAUCCUGGAAAGGGGAUUCCCGUCAGGAAGGGGCUGGCUGGGGUGCGACCAAGUACCCGUGGGCUCUUGCCCCUGAAGCCUUCCCUAGCCAAGUGGCAGAAGCGACUACGCCGGGCUGCUAGGAGGCAGGUCCAGAGCGGGUACCUUCCAUUCUGCCGAUUCCGCCUCCGCUACCCCAGCCUGUCGCCCACUUCCUUCUGGCUCUGGAAGGGCACAGCCAAAGGCAAGCCUAACUCUCGCUUCAGCCUCCCCUCCCAGAUCCCCAAUAAGGAGAUCCUAGGCACUGCAGGGAAAGCAGAGGUGAGAGGGAAACCAGUGGUGCCCAACCUCCAGAAGGAGGCAGCCCCCGGGGAGGAUCGCUCUCUGGGUCCCUAUCAUGGCACCCUGUCUGGCUAUGCAGUAGCAGGGGGUGGUGGUAGUGGGGGUGGUGACAGUAAUGGCAAUGGCCGGGUAUUUGUUAUGGAUGUGAUUGCCACAACCCAAUUCAAGGCCCAGGCUAAGCUGUUCUUACAGCGCCGUUUUGAGUCAAAGACCUUCCCCUCAUAUAAAGAAUUCAGUGCCCACUUUCCCUUCACGGCACGAUCAACUUACUACAUGUGGAAGCGAGCCCUCCAUGACGGCCUUACUCUGGUUGAUGCCUAA